GUGAUUGCUCGCUGCUCAAACCUAACUUCUUCUUCUACCACUUCAACGCGAUCUGCGAAUAAAGCUAUGCGAGCGUGGUUCUACACCAAACACGGAGGUCCUAGCGUCAUGCAAACGGGUGACCAGCCGGACCCUGAGCUGCGGGGGCCAAAGGACAUCGUGGUGAAAGUCCACGCAGUCGCGCUCAACCCAGUAAGCUCGCUGGUGUGCUGUUUAUCCAACAUGGGCUCCGCCAGUAACUGUUGUGAAAUACUAUCACCAACGGCAGAUUGACUACAAGCGGCGUCAGGGCGUGCUGAAGAUGCUAUUGAAGGAGAAGUGGUGAGCACCCCCGUAUGCCUUGAAACUGGUAGAAAAUGCGCUGACGAGGAAUCAUAUGACAGGCCACACAUUAUCGGAUACGACUUCUCGGGUAUGGUGACCAAUUGCGGAGACAGCGUGGACAAGUUUGCUGUGGGCGACGAGGUGUUCGGCAUGCUACCGCACGACAGCAACGGAGCCCUAGCAGACUUUGUCGUCGUGGAAGCGGAGUAUAUCAGCAAGAAACCGUCGAACUUGACGCAUGUGGAGGCCGCAGCUCUACCUCUGGUGACGCAAACAGCGCUACAAUGCUUUCGACUGGGACAACUAGCUGAAAACAAAAAGGUGCUUAUCACCGGCGGGGCUGGUGGCGCUGGAUCCAUGGCUAUUCAAAUCGCCAAGACUGUUUUCAAGGCAAAAACUGUUGCCACAACUGCAAGCACGAAAAAGCUGGAGCGGAUGCGACUGCUUGGUGCGGAUGAGGCGGUGGACUACGGACACGAGCGUUUUGAGCGCGAGCUGGCCGAGUAUGACUUCGCUAUGGACUGCACUGGAGAGGCCAAGCAGUGUUUCGAGUGCAUUACACGUGGUGGUGCAGUCGUCUCGAUCGCAGAGACACCGACCUGGAAAUCCCUCUCAACUGGUGACCUCCAAGGUUUGACCGUGUCUUACUUUCUAGGUUUUAUCCUGGACUGCUUGAGCAGCUCUGUCACGCGUCGCGCGCGUCUAGCUCAAAUCACGUACGAAUACAUGUUCGUCGUGGCCGAUGGAGCCGUUAUGGGCGAGAUCCGUCAGCUCGCCGAGCAACGCUCCAUUACACCGGUGAUCGACAAGGUUUUCCCGUUGGAAAAAGCCGACAUGGCAAUGGAGUACUUGGAGGCGGGGCACGCAAUGGGAAAAGUAAUCGUGCAGCUCGUCGAUACUACUAAGGCUAGCUAAAGCAUCUUGAUUCUUUGAAUGAGUAUGCAGUAGGAAGUAACAAGCAUGCAGUAUUUGACAAACGCUUUUUCUAUUAUUCAACGUGACUUUGUCUCAGUCU